AGAGAGAUUGCGUGAAAACAGGCCAAUGUAAUAUAUUAUUUUUGUCGUAUGCUGUAUAGUCUCAAAAAGUUAAUACUAAGAAAAAGUAUUGCUUAAGCAGAGGAUUAGGGAGCACUGUCUGGACAUUGUUCGUCUGAUAAACUUAUGCACAAAUGAAAUUUUAUUUUAUUCAAAAUGCUACGAUGUGCAAGUGACGUUUACAAACAUUAUGUCGGCGAUGCAAUAUUUUUGCUGAGUCUGUACACCACAUGCGCAAUUCAAUUCGAAAAGGACAACUUACUACAGAGUCGAGUGAGAAUAGUAGUGUGUACAGGGCUACCUGCGAAUACAAUGAAUACGGCGUCGCGUACGCCUUCCAGCCGGUAUACCUACAUAUAUUUCAAUGGGUGAUUACUGACAUGCGCAAUAGUAAUCCUGAAGCACGAGUAAGCAACAGUUUAAUGAUAAGUAGAAUGGUACACGACCAUUUUGAUCGGGCUCUUCUACACGAUGAGGACGUCGAUAUCAAGGCGUACCUGGACGCCUACAACGAGCUGUACAAAUUUUUCCAGCUUAUGGGAAGUGUCUUCAGUUUUGUCUCCUCUGACUUGAAGGAGAAGAUUGAUGUCCUCCACGAGUUGCGAGCCCGGGACGAGGAGAAUUAUGCCACUAUUAAGAAAAUGAUAAAUCAUGAGAAGGAGAACAAGAUUCUUGAAAGACCAAACUCCAUUAAUGGUGCCAGAACACUUCUCAGACUUCACAGAGGACUCGACUUUAUCAGAGAAUUUCUGCGACAACUGUCAAACCUUACGGACAUGGAAAAAACAUCUGCCUGCUGUCAGGAUGCAUAUAACAAGACCCUGGCAAAACAUCAUCCCUGGAUUAUCAAAAAGGCUGCUGUAGUCGCUAUGUACACUAUGCCAACUCGAGAAAUUUUGUUAAAAAAGGUCUGUGGGGAUAAUGUUCAACGCAACGUGGAUGUCAUGCCAAAGAUGUUACAAGUAACUGCUGAUGUCUUUCUCCGUACUGAUAAUCUCUAUGAGACGUAUCAACUUCAUACCUUACCUUAAUAUUGUGUAUUAUACUUAAUUGGACUACAGAUAAUAAUUUCUGGCCACUAGUUUGCUUAUCUUACAUCUUGAAUUGUUCUCCAAACGUAACGAGAUUAAAAUCGUUGUCUAAGACAUUCCAGAUACGUUCGUAAUAUUUUCGUGUCUUUCGUUCGCCAGUAUUGCUUUUUACAAUUUUCGAAAGACGUGGGGAAGAGUUAGAAAAAGAUACGUACUCCAGUAUUAUUCAAUGGUAUCAUGAAAAGUCACUUUCUCUCUGAUCUAUUAUGUUAAUUGCCGUUAUAUGUAAUAUUCUAUAUAAAGACAGAAUUUUAUUACUCAAA